AUGCCCAAAGCGAAUCAUAAGAAACGUUCCAGUGGCGCCUCGUCGUCGCCGUACUCUCGGCCCCAAUCAGCAAAACCGUCCAAAUCGGCCUCGGGCGCUUCGAAUGCCAUUUUCAAGAUGAACACAGAUAUCGGCCAGCACGUUCUGAAAAACCCGGGUGUUGCACAAGCCAUAGUAGACAAAGCAGACCUCAAGCAGUCCGAUAUCGUUCUCGAAGUCGGCCCUGGUUCGGGUAAUCUGACGGUCAAGAUUCUCGAGAAAGCCAAAAAAUGCAUCGCCGUCGAACUCGAUCCGCGCAUGGCCGCCGAAGUCACCAAACGAGUCCAGGGGACGGUCAUGGGAAAGAGAUUGGACGUAGUACUGGGGGAUGUCAUCAAGACCGAGCUGCCUUACUUCGACGUCUGCAUUUCGAAUACUCCCUACCAGAUUUCCAGCCCGCUGGUCUUCAAACUCCUCGCCACUACACCUGCUCCUCGCGUGUGCAUACUAAUGUUCCAGCGCGAAUUCGCUCUCCGCCUGUUCGCGAAACCGGGCGACAAACUCUACAGCCGUCUCAGUGUAAAUGCUCAAAUGUGGGCCAAGAUCGAUCACAUCAUGAAAGUGGGCAAGAACAAUUUCAAACCUCCACCUGCCGUGGAGAGCAGUGUUGUCCGGAUCGUCCCCAAGAACCCUCGGCCUAACAUCUCGUAUGAAGAGUGGGAUGGACUACUAAGGAUUUGUUUCGUGAGGAAGAACAAGACCCUUCGCGCAAAUUUCCUCGGCACAACCAGUAUCAUGAACAUGCUGGAGUCCAACUACAGAACCUGGUGCGCGCAGAACGACAUUGCCAUUGACGAUGGGCCUUCCACGAGUGAAGAUGAUCAUACAAUGCUGGCCGACGUGGAGAACACCCUACCUGCCGCGCUUGACGGAGAGGAAGAAUGGGACGGGAUCAUGGACUUGGAUGAGGACGACGACCUGCCCGCAUUCUUCAAAGAGCAACAAGACACUUCCAAGGCCCCCAAGACUGCAUCUCGGAAGAAACGAAGCAAGGUGGCGGACCUUGUCCGCGAAAAGGUCCGCAGCGUGCUGGAGGACAGGACACAAUUGGCCGACAAGCGAGCGAGGAUGUGUGACGAGGCCGACUUCCUUAAGCUGCUGUGGCAGUUCAAUCAAGAGGGUAUCCAUUUUCGGUGA